UGAUAUCCUUCUCCAUUUACUAACCAUUGCAUGUUCUAUUCAACCCUUGCAUGAAUUUAGGCAAAUACCAUGGUUAAUUAAGUAAAAACAUAACCUUAUCUUCAUUACAUGUCGGAUUAUGAUUGGUGAUUACUCUGUUUUAUAUGUUAAUCUCUGUACAUAGUCUUAGCCCAUCUGCCAAUUUAAGAGAUAAAUUGGUCACAGCCACUUCUAUAUAGCAUUUGAACAAAUUUUAACAUGCUCUCUUCUCUCAAAACUCCUCCAAAUCCCACUUCUCAAUCUCUCCAAUUCAACACUUCUAAUUAAGGGCCGUCCCAUACCUAAUGGAGAGCACCGACUCGUCGUCCGCCUCUCAACAGCCCAACCUUCCACCGGGGUUCAGGUUCCAUCCUACCGAUGAAGAGCUAGUGGUUCAUUACCUUAAGAAAAAGGCCGCCUCUGCUCCUCUUCCGGUAGCAAUUAUCGCUGAAGUUGAUCUUUACAAAUAUGAUCCCUGGGAAUUACCGGCGAAGGCGACCUUUGGCGAGCAGGAAUGGUAUUUUUUUAGUCCUAGGGACCGUAAGUACCCCAACGGAGUAAGGCCAAACAGGGCAGCAACUUCAGGUUAUUGGAAGGCCACCGGAACUGAUAAGCCAGUAUUAACCUCCGGUGGUACUCAAAAGGUCGGCGUCAAGAAAGCUCUUGUUUUCUAUGGUGGGAAGCCCCCAAAAGGGAUCAAAACCAAUUGGAUCAUGCAUGAGUACAGAUUAGCAGAUAACAAAGUCAGUAACAAGCCCCCAGGAUGUGACUUGGGUAACAAGAAAAACUCCUUAAGGCUUGAUGAUUGGGUUUUGUGUCGAAUAUACAAGAAAAAUAACACACAUCGGGCAAUGGAUCAUGAUAAAGAUGAUUCUGUGGAGGUUAUGCUUCGAUCAAUACCACAUUCGAGAUCGAUUAGUACACUCGUAAAAGGUACAAACUAUGGAGCAUUGGUUGAAAAAGACCAGAAUUUGUUCGACGGAAUGUUAAGCAACGAUGCUUUUAAUAACACUAACUCUCAGUUCGCCUCUUCAACCUCAAGACCUGCAGAGCUAUCUAUGCUUCCUCUCAAAAGAACACUCCCAUCUGUGUAUUGGAACGACGACGACACAGCUGGACCUUCAUCAAGCAAGAGAUAUCAGGGGGAUAAUGGAGAUGGAAGUGUUGUGAGGACUGAUGGGAAUAGUUCCAUAGCCUCUCUGCUUAGCCAGCUCCCACAAACACCUCCAUUGCACCAACAGACAAUGUUGGGGUCUAUGGGAGAUGAGAUUUUUAGGCCACCAUACCAGCUUUCAGGCCUGAAUUGGUAUUCUUGAGUCUUGAUUCAUUUCAAGGUGGAGGGGGCAAAGAUGAUAUAUAAAAAUAGUGUCUUGAUUAGGCUUAUCCAGGGUAGAAUGGACUCAUAAUCAUCAAAAGACAUGUUUUAUACUUGUACAUACGUACAGUUGCAACUAGUUUUAUAUUGUUCUGAUUGGGAUUGUUGAGAUUUUGGUUGUUAGGAAUGAGACUAGAGAGUAAUUCAAAUGGCCUCCAGUAUCUUCCAGGGUGUGUAGCUGCCAAUUUCAGGUGAGGCCAUCGCUAUCUCAUAUAUAUAGGUUCAUACUUGUUUGUUAUAAUUAGGCACUCUAAAGGAAAAAUUGAGAUCGUCGUGUUCAUGUGGAAAAAUAAAAUUGAUAAAUGAAAUAUUUUGCUUUUGGGUA